AUGGCAAUUGUGAGCAAGAUGAAGAGCACCUACUACGGAGAUUAUCCAGGAGGUGGAGCAUGCGCAUUAGAUCCACCGUCACCACUGAACAAACAGCCUGAUUGGAUCAUGGUUGCAGCUGGAAAGGAUGACUACCAGAAGUCACUUGGGUGUGACAUGUGCAUUGAAAUCACGGCAAAUGGAGAACAAACGAGCCCCUCUACUGGGGGGCCCACCCCCAUGAAAGGCACCUACAAGGCCUAUGUUGGUGACUUGUGUGGAGGAUGUAAACAGGCCGGUUUUGAUCUUUACAUCGAAGGCUAUGGUAAGUACAAGACCUCAUUCAAAGCAGUCGAGUGUCCUACUGUACCUGGCAAAGAUGGGAACAUCCAGUUCCGUUUUACAGGAAGUAACCCCUGGUCAAUGAAAUUACAAGCUAGGAACUCCAAAGUAGUAACAGUGGGUAUGGAGAUCGAACACAAUAACAAGUGGGUUUGUAUGAAAAGAACAGAUGACAACUAUUUUAACAUCGAUGGAUUGGGAGAGAUAAAAUUCCCAAAGAAAUUCAGGAUCACAAGCAUAAGCGGCGAGCAACUGCAGGCCACCUUACCGGGGAUAAAGAAUGAUGAGAACAUUCCCACUGAUAUACAGUACUCCGGAUUUAAACCAGACAGUAAUCCAGAGAGCCUCAAAUGCUACGGACAAGCAGGAAAAUCCGAGCAACGUGAGUGACAGAGACAAUGCCGUUAAAGUGCACCUAACCCCAAAAUGUUUUUUUCGCUAAAACAAAU